AAAUUUGUGUGAAAAAAUUGGGACUCAAUCAAAUUUUUUUUUUUUGUACUGGAAUUGUUCUCUUUUUAUUUAUGAUCAAAAUUCCAAAAACGUCAAAAUGUUUUCCUCAAUUAAUUUUCUAUUUUUAAUAUCGCUGGCGGUUACGACGUGGAUAAUUCUGUGUUAUUUCAAACAAAUCGAGCUGCAACGAGAAGAGCAAAUGACUGUUGAGAUCCAAAUGGAUAAAGCAUUCGAAGAAAAUCUGAAGUCCAAGGGUUGCUUGGAGAAUUAUGACAUUUAUUUGAAUUUCCUGGCCGUGUUUGCAUGUAUCUAUGCCUUGGCAAAGGUGACCUCGGUCGCUGAAAGCUAUGUCGCACAACAGGUGCACGCGCGCAUCAAGCACGCAAAACUCUUCAGCAGUAAAGAUGUGGAGCCAACGACUAUUGAGGAAUAUCGCCUGCAACAUAUACGUCUCACAAUGCAGAUCGAUUACUUGGAACAAAAAGUGAACCAACUGGAGAAGACCAAUUUUAUGCUGGGAGAAAAACGACUUGUCAAUGCUGAUAAGCCAACAAGCGCCAACAAAAUGCAUACAAACGACAUUAGUCAGAAAGAAACCAUUACUGAAAAGAAAACACUCUCCAACGAUAUGACGCAAGCCUGUGUCUGUGGCAGAAGCAACAGUGCAGUGGGUAGCAUAGAUGUCGGAGGUGCUGUCUGCGGUAGCAUUCGGACUGUUCAUGGCAAAGGUGACACAAUUGAAGACAGUGUUGAAGCUGAAGAAGUGCUCAAUUUUCGUAACGUACUCAUACAAGAUCAUCACUUUCAACUAACACGUCAGGUAUAUGUGAAUGACGGCAAUGUAAAGUUGCAAUUUCAAGACUUUAACCAAGAAGGUGGCACCAUCACGCAAAUCUGGCAAAAAUAUUUGGAAAUGCAAAAAUAUGCUUUACAAAAGCCGACCUCGUCUGAGACAGCAACGAAAGUGGCAAAUACUGUGCCUAUUGUUGUGUCCACCGAAGAAUUACAAACGAUGAAAGGUAGAAACCGGCAGAGAGGCAAACGCCAACCACUAGGAUGCGUUUUGACAAAUUCAAAUAAUAUGGAAUAUUGAAUAAUAGAUAAUCUCCUGCUGCAUUUUUUAUUUCUAUGCGUUGUGUUAUUAUCGCAUAAAACGUAUUUAAUUUUUAGCUGAGGUUGCAAAGCAGGCUCGAUACCUGAAUUGACCAAGAGGAAAUAUUGUCUGCGGAAAAUCUCGACUUCACGGCGAGAACUUGAAAUUCAUAGUCUUAUUAAACAAAUUUAUUGUAAUACGUGUUAUAUUUUUGAUGAUUUUUUUUUUAUUGUAAAUUAUUGUGGGAAAUAUAUGUAUGUAUAUGUAAUUAAA